AUGAUCCUCACGCAGUGCGCCGUCUGCGCCACGGACCUUGGCUUAACCUUGGGCAAGAAAUGCGGCCGCUGCAGCACGCGCUAUUGUGGGCCCGAAUGCCAGGUGCAGCACUGGAAAGACGGCGGGCACGACCAGCUCUGCAAGAAAAUAAAAAAAGCUGGCGGCGCCGAGCAGUACAACGCAAAUACGAAGUAUACGGAGGCCGUAGCAGUCGCGGCGGAGGUGUGCGCCGAGGACACGAAGGGCCAGACGUGCUACAUCUGUACGCAGGCCCUCCACUGGAAAACGAAGGAGGGCCUCGUGCGCGGGUGCUCGUGCCGCGGGACGGCGGGCUUCGCGCACGUGUCGUGCCUGGCGGAGCAGGCGAAGAUUUUGGUCGCGGAGGCCGAGGAGAACAAUUUGGGCACCAAGGCGUUGAACGAAAGGGGGAAACGGUGGUACUCGUGUAGCAUGUGCGAGCAAGACUACUACGGCUUCGUGCGAUGUGCACUCGGGUGGGCGUGCUGGAAGACGUACGUGGGCCGGCUGGAGACGAACUGGCCUCGGAGCUUUGCGAUGCACCAGCUUGGGAUCGGUCUACAUGAAGCAGGACGCCACGAGGACGAGUUGUCCGUGCGAGAGGCCGAAUUGGCUAUGCUGCGGCAACUUGGCGCACCGGAAGGAAAUCUGCUCGUCGUGCAGGGCAAUCUUGCGAACACAUAUGAUAAGCUUGGACGGGUCGAAGAGGCCCUAAAUCUAUAUCGUGAUGUAUACUCUGGAGAGUUGAUACUCUAUGGUACGGCACAUGAACAAACCAUUAUAUCAGCCAGCAACUACGCAUGGACUCUGAAAGCGCUACAUCGCUACGACGAAGUGAAGACACUGAUGCACAAAACACUGCCUGUGGCGCGGCGCGUGCUCGGCGAGAGUGAUAUCACCACGCUCAGACUGAGGUGGAAUUACGCGUCGUCGCUCUACCUGGACUCCGGCGCCACGCUCGACGAUCUCCGCGAGGCCGUGACGACGAUCGAGGAGACGGAGCGGACCGCGCGGCGCGUGCUCGGUGGCGCGCACCCGACCGCAAUGGCGAUUGCAGAUUCCCUGCGAAGGGCGCGAGCAGCGCUCGCCGCCCGCGGCGACGACGUCAGCGCCGUCUGCGAGGCCCUGCGUAAGGCCGAGGUGUAA